AGACUGCAGCAUGCAUCAGUCCGCCUCCCUGCUCCCCCUCCAACUCUGGCUUUGUUCCUCAGGGGAUUGCGAAAGCCCCAGGACUACAUAAAGCAUUCUCUGUCUGGGUGGCCUGGCCACUGCCCCCAACACACAGAUCUUGAGAGACUGCAGGGACUGGCACUGACUGGAUAGGAUGGCCUACACCAGGAAAGCUCUGCCCUGUUUGCUGCUGCUGGCACUCACCUUUCUGGGAAGCAGCAUGGCAGAGCGGGACUGCCGGGUGAGCAGCUUCAAAGUCAAGGAGAACUUCGACAAGAACAGGUACAGCGGCACCUGGUAUGCCAUGGCAAAAAAAGAUCCUGAGGGGCUGUUCCUGCAGGACAACGUGGUAGCCCAGUUUACUGUAGAUGAAAAUGGACAAAUGAGUGCCACUGCAAAGGGCAGAGUCAGACUCUUCAAUAACUGGGAUGUCUGUGCUGAUAUGAUUGGCUCUUUCACUGACACUGAGGAUCCUGCCAAGUUCAAGAUGAAGUACUGGGGAGUUGCCUCUUUUCUGCAGAAAGGAAAUGAUGAUCACUGGGUAGUGGACACAGAUUAUGAUACAUAUGCUCUUCAUUAUUCCUGCCGCCAGCUAAAUGAAGAUGGCACUUGUGCUGAUAGCUAUUCCUUUGUGUUCUCCCGGGACCCUAAGGGAUUGCCUCCAGAGGCACAGAAAAUUGUCAGACAAAGGCAGAUAGACCUCUGCUUGGACAGAAAAUACAGAGUUAUCGUUCAUAAUGGAUUUUGCUCUUAAGGAGAUCCAAAAAUAUGGAAGUAAACCACGUGACAGCACCAUGGAUGUAAAGUUAAUACGUUGAUCAGGUGCUCUUUUGAAAAGCCUUUAGAUGGCUUCAUUUAGAUUUUGAAUAUAUUUAUCUGAGCUGCAUAGCUCAUCUUGUUAAUAAACCAAUGAAACAUUUUAAUAAACUUGAAUUACGGGGGAUGCAAAUUGUCUGUAUGCACAUCUGUACAUAUGUAGACAUUGGUUUUAUUAAUAAACCAUUAUCAUAAUGCACUAUUUUAAAUUGCUGACAGAUGUCAAUAAUUAAGAAUUUAAUCUUUUUUGUUAUCGGUUUCAAUUUCUGACUAAUAGUGUUUUAAUUGGAAUAUAUAUACGUGUGUGUAUUUGCUUUCUAAAACUUACUUUCUUUUCAAGUAUGAUGUCAUCUUUUUUUCUAGGAAAUACUGGAAAUCUUUUCCAAUAGCAUUUUAGAAAGGAGGAAUGAAUUUCAAUGACUGUAUAUAUCACUGCUUGAUUUUAUGACUACUGAAGACAGCAAAAAAAGCAUCUUUUUUAAAGAAAUAAUUUAAACAUAACAAG